AUGAAGGCCUCACCACUCUUGCAGGAAUUCAUCAACCACUCAUCACCACCUCCAUCAUCAUCAGAUGAUAACAACAGCAACAAUGAGGUGGUUGAAUCUCCAUCGAAAUUACUUAAAAGUGGCUUGAAUUCCUUCAAGCUUCAUCAUCAUCAUCAACCAACAACAUCUUUAUUGAGUGAUAUUUCCAAUCUAUCAUCCUACCGUUCCAGUGUUGGUAUUGCCGUUAAUAGUGAGGAAAAUAAUUUAAUAGACAAUUUGCAAUUAAUUAAUUCUUCAACGUUGGAAGUUGAUAAUGUUAACCACAACAUUUUGGAUGAAAUUACCAAUUUACAAAACACUCUUCAUGAACAACACUUGUUCUAUCAACAAAUUGGAGCAGAUAUUGGCUCUACAUGUGAUCGAAUUAAUGGUUGGCGAAUUAACCUACCUCUUAUUAUCAAUCAUUUUCGGUUGCAAUUAUACUCGAUUGAUAGAACCUACUCACUGAUGGCCCUACAGGAUUUGGGACUACAAUCUCCCAUGUUUUCCUAUCCAACAACAUCUUCAUCAGCCUUUGGAUUUUCAUCAUUUCAACAUUCAUUGAAUGGACACGAUUUGAUGGUUACUUUGUAUAAUAUGAUGCUAGAAGAACAGCAACAACAAUCUGCAUCAAACUCUUCAAAUACCAUUGCUAGUACCAAUAGCAAUAAUACCAUUGGUGCUCCUACUCCUUCACUGUCGGCUUCUUCUCUUGUCAAGACAACAGGCAAAUAUUCAAAGUUAUUUCAAAGUUUGUGGAGUAAUAGCAAUGAAUCAACCUCUCCAGGGAAUACCAACAAUAAUCCACUUCCAUCAUCAUUACUACAAGGAUUGGAUGGUGGUGGAGGGAGUAACUUGUUCAAAUUUUCUUCAUCCAUUCCAAAACCAUCCCGAUUGUACAAAUUUCAAGAUAAGGAUCAUCCACUCUCUGUAUUGAAACAUCACUAUGAGGAAUUGAUAGAGUAUCUUCGAUUGAAUCCAAAGUUUUUCAGUAAGGUUAUCAAGUAUUGGAUUUCUAAACAAACUCUUUCACAAUUAUAUGUGGCAAAGGAGUAUGAUGCUCAUGAGAGAAUGGCCUUUAUUAUUAAUUAUUCGUUUUAUGGAAAUUUAUCAAAUCCAUUAGAAUCCAAAUGUUUGUUAAAAUUCAUCAAGUAUACUUUGGAGAAUGUACUUGAUGAUUGUUCAAAUGAUAAUCCAUUUGAGAUUUUUGAGAAUGUAUUUCUAUUCAGACUUGUUUUUCUCUAUGUGAGAAGAAAAGGAAAGGAAUUUGUAAAGAAUGUGCUUGGAGAAGCAAUGAUUGAAUUAUUUUCGAAUGAGGAUUUGGAAUUACCAAUUGUAUCAUAUGAUGUGCCACCUUCAGAGCAAAAAGCUGAACAAUCAAAAAGCAAGUCAGGCUUUUUAUUCUUUCAAGCUGCAUGUGCAACUAAUAAUGGUGAUACGAGUCCAGUAUCUCCAAAUUAUAUUUCUACUAAUGUUUUCACUUCAUCUAAAUCUAUGGUUGAAACCAACCUCUACAAUCUAUGCACUAGGAUUUUAUACUCACUCUAUGAUAACUUUUCUAACUUGUCACCAAACAUUCUCCUACUCAUGAAAUACUUAUUGAAAGGGAUUUCUAAAAAAUAUGGAAGCAAGCUCAAUAAUCUAUCAAAAGGAUUAUUACUCAAACGAUUCUUCUUUGGAUGGUAUUUACUUCCUGCAGCUUCUAGACCUGAGUGUUUUGGACUGGCUAGUGUACCUGCACUAGGUACAACUCAGUCCAAAGUUCGAACCAUCGUUCUCGUCUUGCAAGCAAUUGCCUUAGAGAAGCCAUUCGAAAAAUUAUCUUCACUAAGCUAUCUUAAUGAUUUCAUCUUUAUUCACAGCGCAAAAAUCAAUGAAAUGUUUGAAAAAUUAGUAUGUGAAUGGUUCUCAGAAAAGAAUGAUUUGAUUGAGGGACUGAAGCACUAUGCAAACACUGUAGCAAAGAAGGACUCUACUGUUUCAUUCUCUAUCGAAGAAAUGAAGAAAAAUCAGGUACUUUCUCCAACUUGCUUGUCCACAAAAGACAUUGAGUUGAUAUUAAAUGUAUGCAUGGAUUCUGAAUUUUUAAGCAAGUCAGACUCGCCUAUUGUGGAAACAGUCAAUGAUAUUAAAUCUUGGAAUAGAACUAAAUUCAAAGAUGAAAAGUUCAUAGUAUUGAACUAUAAGGAUUUGAAGAAGAAGGAAAUUAUGGAAUCUUUAGAACUUUCUGAAACCACAACACCUAGAAGUUCAUUUGAAGCCAUUGUACGUCAAUUCAAACAAGUAUUUUUGAUGGUUAAUUCAGUGGAGAGAAUUUGUUCGGAAAUGAAAUCUAUCAACUCUGAUUCAACCACAACAUUAUUGCAACUUCUCUCUUUCCUUGAUGUGAGGGAACGAAAUGAAAAAACUUGGGAGAAUGGAGUGAGUAGUGUCUACAUUCAAGAGCUUUCUCAAAGUUUGAAGAAUACCUCCUUUUCCAUCGAAUCUAUAAUCAAUAGAAUCUAUGGAGACUUAAAGACCAGUGAUACCAAUCUCGACAUUAUGAUAGGAAAGCAAAAACAAUUGUUGAGAAUUUUACAAAGUAUUGAACUGCAAGUGAAUGAUCUUGAAAGAGAAAGAGCGUACGUUGAUGAUAUGUUCGAUGAUUUGUUGGUUGGAGAGCUUAUUUCUAGCAUUGAUUUUAAACAAUUUUGUAAAGAUUUUUCCAAAUCAGCAUUCAUAGAAGAUCAGUUAAAUAUAAUCAAGAACCAAUACAUCACUAGAAAGGUUGAACUUUUAAACUCCCUCAAAGAGUUAAAGCUCUCAGAGCAUCAAAUUCAGAGAAUUGACAAGAUUUUACAAAAGACAAUCAUCUCCAAAAUUGUGAGGUAUACUGUUCCAAGAGGCUAUGAGCAUAAUACUAAUAUGAACAGAAACUCAUUCUAUAAGGAGGAAAGUUUGUUGAGAGUUAAAAUGACUUCGUUAUUUGAUGUACAUCCAGAAGAUUUUGGUAUCCCUAAGGUAUAUGUGAAAAUUUGUAAUAACAAGCUAGUGCAAGAGGAGCUAAAGAAACUAGAUCCAAUAGCCAUAACGCCUCAAGAGAAAGUUCAAGUGAUUUUGAAUAGUUGUAUGAUUAUUGUUGAAUUGAUGAAAUCGACUGGUUCUAGUUAUAAUAUCGAUGACUUUUUAAUUUUGCUUGUUUACAAUAUUAUCAAAGCUGGAAUACCUAAUUUAUACAGUAAUUUGAUAUUUAUCAAGAGAUUUUAUGGAGUUUUUCUAGAUCCACCCCAAUCAAAACAACCUCUCUAUGGAAUUGGAUCAGAGAAUGAGUAUUGGUUUAAACAAUUUGAAACUGCUAUUUUGUUUUUACUCGAUUAUUCCAAUAAUUCUAAUGCACAACCAUUACCAACUCGAGAAGAAACUGAAAAGAAGCAAGAGCCGAUUAAGGAAGAACCCCUAUCACCAAAGAGAGUUACAAAUAGUAUUAGAUCCACUGAAAGUGACCCAAUAGUAACAAUAGCGAAAAAUGUUGGCAGAUUUGAGAAUAUUGCAUGUUCUGAUUUGAAAUUCUCAGACAUUCCAGAUCUGUUGAAUGAGUACAAAUUAUUAUUGGGAUAUUUCAACAAACAAAAGAAGUAA